AUGGUGAAUUCGUAUCUUCUUCAAAGCUCAUCUGCCAUUACAAUAAAAAAUGCUUACAUUGAAUCUGAAAUCUCCAGACCAUCAAUCCCAGUCUCAUUCUCCUCUCAGAUUCCCCGUUUCUCCCUUAGAAUUAUGAAAAGCUCAAAACAAGUUGAGGCCUGCAAAGCAAAAGCAGUCAUGAAACCAACAAGUCAAUUUGAUGAACUAAUAGAACUUGACAUCUCCUUGAGUCCUAGUGUAAAUGCUGUAAAGCCCUCAAAGACUAUGGCCAUAAGUGAUAAGUCGACUGCUCUUGUUCAAGCUGGCAUUCCUAGGUACUUAUCUAAUUCUUUAUCUUAUGAACACACACAUUUAUCAACUUGUAAUUACUUUUGUUUGUAUGAUUGUGUUGAAUAUAUAUAUGCUGGGAUUAAUGCCAUUCGUGAAGGACACACAAGAUAUACUCCAAAUGCUGGGACUCUUGAGCUUCGGUUGGCAAUUUGUCACAAAUUGAAAGAGGAGAAUGGGAUCUCUUGUACACCAGAUGAAAUUGUGGUGAGCAAUGGAGCUAAACAGAGCAGCUUACAAGCUGUACUUGCAGUUUGCUCUCCAGGAGAUGAGGUUAUAAUUCCAGCUCCAUAUUAUGUUAGUUAUCCUGAAAUGGCAAGACUAGCCAAUGCAAACCCUGUAAUUCUUCCCACUAAUAUGUCAGACAAUUUUCUAUUAGAUCCUGAACUUCUUAAAUCCAAACUUAAUGAAAAGUCACGACUUCUGAUCCUUUGUUCUCCAUCGAAUCCAACUGGCUCUGUCUACCCGAGAAAAUUGCUUGAGGAGAUUGCUGUCAUCGUGAAGAAACACCCAAGACUUCUGGUUCUUUCGGAUGAGAUAUAUGAACACAUAAUUUAUUCACCAGCAACUCAUACUAGCAUUGCAUCAUUGCCAGGCAUGUGGGAAAGAACUCUAACUGUCAAUGGUUUCUCUAAGGCUUUUGCAAUGACAGGGUGGAGACUCGGAUAUAUUGCUGCUCCAAAGCAUUUUGCUUCGGCAUGCAAUAAACUUCAAAGUCAGCUCACCUCAGGUGCAAGCAGUAUAUCUCAAAAGGCAGGUGUGGCGGCUUUAGGACUUGGCUAUGCAGGUGGAGAAGCUGGUGCCAUAAUGGUUAAAGCAUUUAGGGAGAGGCGAGACUAUUUGAUUAAAAGCUUUGGGGAAUUGGAUAGAGUUAAAAUCUCAGAACUGCAGGGCGCAUUCUAUCUGUUCCUUGAUUUCAGUUCAUACUAUGGAACAGAGGUUGAAGGAUUUGGUUUAAUUAAAGAUUCUGAGUCUUUAUGCCAAUAUUUGUUGGAUCAAGCUCAGGUAGCUUUAGUACCAGGUGACGCGUUUGGGGAUGACACAUGCAUCAGGAUAUCGUAUGCUGCUUCUCUUUCGAUGUUAGAGGCUGCUGUAGAGAGGAUUAAGAAGGUAUUGCUAUCUUUUUCAAAGACUGCCCUUACCAAUGUCUAAAUUUUAUUUCUGAAU